AAAAAUAACACUAUUACACUUACACACAAACACAUCACACUAACCAACAAAAACAAAAAAAAAUAAAUAAAAUAAAAUAAAUAUACAUAUAAAAGAAAAAAAAAUGACUGCACUGAGGCCGGACUUCACUUUACUUAAUUUUGAAACCUAUGAGGAAUAUCUGCAAUCAUUCCAGACCGUCAAGGACCACAGGUAUCUCGGUUGCCUGUCAGCCAUAAAUGAAUUGGCAAAACUUGGAUAUCGAAAUACAAGCAGAAUUUACAAUGAGGAAGAGUUCAAAUUGUGCAGAAUGAAGACGUUAGAGUUAAUGAACCCAAAGAUUAAAAUGAGUAUUACUAGCGGACAUUUGGUGAAAAGUAAUGAUCCGGGGCUGCAAGCUUUGGCGGAACGUGAAACGCCGAAUUUAUUGAAAAAACUUUCAACAAUAAUCUUCGUAGUUAUACGGAUGCCGAGUGGCUUUGAUGUAUCCAGUUACGUGGAUUACGAAAUGAGCUUGCGUCAAUUUGAUUUGAAUGUUCUUGGCGCCUCCAAUUGGAAGGAAAUUUUUCAGGGAAACCAAAAGUUACAUCCCAAGUCGAGCGACUUGAGCUACUACAAUAUGCAAAAGAAGCAAGUCACUCAUAAUAAUAGUGACAAUUAUCAGACGUUGGCCAUUGGAAACUCACUCUUGUUUCUGCAUAAGGGCGAUCACAAGAUUAUUGAUCCAGAAUACAAAUGUGGUAAUCCUACUUCUAAGCGCCGAAUGAUUUUUUCUCCGUCGCUUGGAACUAUUGUAUUAUAUGAUCAUAUUGUCAGAAAGCCUAUAUAAGCUAAUAAUAUUUA